AUGGAAGCCUUUGACAAGUUCCUGGCGAGCCAGAAAUAUCAUGAUGUGUUGAGCAUUGUCAAGGGUUUCCGAAAUGGUGCUGUAUAUGGCGCGAAGAUACGAUUUCCACAUGCCCUGGUCAUGUCCUUUCUGUUUAGAAAUGGAAGUGUGAAGGAUAAGCUGAGAUUUGCAAUGAAGGCAACAUAUACCCACUCGAAAAACCUCGCUCUAUUUGUGACGAUAUACAAGAGUGUUUUGCUCGUGCUCAAAAAGCUGAGAGGGGUGGAGAAUCAAGGUGACGCUUUUGUUGCUGGCAUAGUAGGAGGUUAUAUAAUUUUCGGUGAAGAUACAGCUGUUAAUCAACAGAUCAGCUUGUAUGUGUUUGCAAGAAUUAUGAUUGGAUUGGCUUCUUUAGCUGUAAAGAAGAAUGUUAUAGCUCAACCCCCACAUGCAUACCCUGUAUUCGCUGCUGUCGUAUGGGGUAUUGUUAUGUACCUCUUUAGACAUGAUAGAGACGUCCUGCAACCCUCAUUACAAGCAUCUAUGCAAUAUCUGUACAAUGACUCGGACAAGUUUGACAAGUUCAUGAACUUCAUCUGGUACAACAAGGCUUGA